AUGAAUCCGGAAUCCGAGGAGACGGAGAAGAAGGGUGGGAGCCAGAGCCGGAGCGGGGAGGACGAGAGCAAUGGUCCGUCGGUGGAGAGGAUCUUCGAGGGCCAGGGGGUGCCGUCGUGGAGGAGGCAGCUGACGUUCAGGGCGUUCGCAGUGAGCUUCGCACUGAGCGUCAUGUUGGCCUUCAUGAAGCUGAACCUCACGACGGGCAUCAACCCGUCGCUGAACGUCUCAGCGGGGCUCCUCGGGUUCUUCUUCGUCAAGACAUGGACCAAGGUCCUGGAAAAGUUCGGGCUGCUCCGGGUCCCCUUCACGCGGCAGGAGAACACGGUGAUUCAGACCUGCGUGGUGGCGUCCUCCGGCAUCACUUUCAGCGGAGGUUUCGGGAGUUAUCUCUUUGCAAUGAGUGAGCGAGUUGCUAAUCAAUCAACGGAUCCGCAGAGUGCUUAUGUUUACAAAAAUCCAUCACUGCCGUGGAUGAUCGGUUAUCUAUUUGUUGUCAGUUUCCUUGGCCUCUUUGCUGUGGUGCCUCUCCGAAAGAUUAUGAUUAUUGACUUCAAAUUGAUGUAUCCUAGCGGUACGGCAACUGCUCAUCUUAUAAAUAGUUUCCACACACCUGAAGGGGCCAAGCUAGCUAAGAAACAAGUGAAGGCAUUGGGAAAGUUCUUCUCCUUCAGCUUCUUGUGGGGCUUUUUCCAAUGGUUCUAUAGAGCUGAAGAUGAUUGUGGUUUUGCACGCUUCCCUACUUUGGGGCUUAAGGCUUUGCAAUACAGGUUUUACUUUGACUUCUCCGCAACACAUGUUGGAGUCGGAAUGAUUUGCCCAUACAUCACAAAUAUCUCAGUGCUACUAGGAGGAAUUCUAUCCUGGGGUUUAAUGUGGCCUCUAAUAGAAACCAGAAAGGGACAAUGGUAUCCUGCAGAUGUAAGCAACACCAGCAUGCGUGGACUUCAAGGUUAUAAGGUUUUCAUCGCCAUUGCCAUGAUAUUGGGUGAUGGGAUUUACAACUUCUUCAAGGCGCUUGGCCGAACGCUCUCUGGCUUGUACCAUCAGCUCCGAGACGGAGAAAUGAGCCAUGUCCUCCCCAUUGCGAAUGGUUCCUCUCCCGAUAACCAUCAAGUGUCUUAUGAUGACCAACGACGGACACAGCUUUUCCUAAAAGAUCAAAUCCCAACAUGGUUUGCAGUUGUAGGGUAUGUCACAAUAGCAACCAUAUCCAUAGCUACUCUUCCGUACAUGUUCCCCCAACUGAAAAGGUAUCACAUUUUAGUCAUUUAUCUCUUCGCUUCAACCUUGGGUUUUUGCAAUGCCUAUGGCUGUGGGCUCACCGACUGGUCUCUUGCCUCGGCCUAUGGGAAGCUCGCCAUCUUCGUGAUUGGGGCAUGGGCCAAUGCCUCACAUGGUGGAAUUCUCGCCAAUUUAGCUGCCUGUGGAGUCAUAACGAAUCUUGUGUCUACAGCUUCAGACCUGACUCAGGACUUCAAGACAGGCUAUCUGACCUUGGCUUCACCACGGUCCGUGUUUGUGAGUCAGGUGAUUGGUACUGCCAUGGGCUGCGUUAUCUCUCCUUGCGUCUUUUGGCUUUUCUACAAGGCCUUUAAGGAUCUUGAACUCCCAGGAAAGGAAUAUGUUGUUCCCUACGGAAUUGUUUAUCGUAGCAUGGCUGAACUUGGGGUGGAAGGCUUCACUUCCUUGCCCAAACACUGCCUCACGCUCUGCUGCGGUUUUCUUGUGGCUGCCAUGAUCAUAAAUGGGUUCAGGGACUUAGUGGGUAAGAAGUGGGCCCGUUUCAUCCCGCUGCCCAUGGCUAUGGCAAUACCCUUCUACAUAGGGCCAUCCUUUGCCAUUGAUAUGUGCGUCGGUAGCUUAAUCCUAUUCAUCUGGGAGAAAACUGACAAAGCCAAGGCCGACACAUUUGGGCCAGCGGUAGCUUCAGGUCUGAUAUGUGGGGAUGGCUUAUGGACAUUGCCUAGCUCAAUACUCACUUUGGCAGGAGUUAAUCCACCGAUUUGCAUGAAGUUCCUAUCGCGAGCCACGAACAAGAGACUCGAUGCCUUCUUGGGAUCUUAG